CAGCUGUCUACUCUGCAGUCAGUCGCAUCACAUCAUUCCAUUGCAUGCCAGCUUUUAUGUGGCCGCGGGUAUGUACAGUACACGUGCGUCGGAAGGGCGUUUUGGUGCCGCGUCAAGUUAAAAAUAGUUAAACUUUUAGGAAGGCGUCUUACACAGCCCGGUUGUUUUUAAAAGUCAGAUCGCGGGUUUCUUGAACGAAUCCGCGCCACGAAUCGACGUCGCGUGCUCCCAGCUUUGACAGAGAGCGCUCGUCUCGAUCGGUCGCGUUGCGUCGAGUGGUGAGGGCUUGGCUAGCCAAUGCGCCAAUAGACGGUCAUUGCUUAAAGAAGCGCUUCAGUGUGCGUGGUAGGAUGAAGACGACGCGACCAUCAGUAACGCGUGGAAAUUUCACACAGCCGUGAUUGAACAUCUGAUAAUAAAUGGACGGAGCAGCAGUCGCAGCUUUAACAAUCCACUUGUCACCAGGGAAGAGGAAUAAUUGGGAGUAAAAUGGGGAAUACAACACCCAAACCAUUAUUAGAUGCAAGUCUACAGCAUCGCCCAGUGGCCAGCAGGCAGUACUGCACUAUUUCCAACAGUGGAGUGGAGCGCCGCUCAUCUGCCCCUCCAAUCAACGCAGAGUCUCCCCGUUUUCACCCUCACGCCAAGGGCAAGAACAUUCGGCUGGACGCACAACUGCGGCGGGCCACACGGAAGAACAGCUUCUGCAACGGCAUAACCUUCAGCCAGCGGCCCGUGCGCUUGUACGAGAAGGUCCGUGUGCGCCUCUCUGGAGUUCAUACGGGUUGGAGCGGGGCUCUUCGCUUCGGUUUCACCAGCACAGACCCUAGUGAGCUCACCCUAGGCGACAUCCCCAAAUAUGCUUGUCCAGACCUUGUGACGCGGCACGGAUACUGGGCUAAGGCCCUGCCUGAGAGGCUGGCCAUACGGGACAAUGUUCUGGCCUUUUGGGCUGACCGAAACGGCCGGGUCUUUUACAGCGUCAAUGACGGCGAGCCCAUUCUCUUUCACUGCGGCUUAAAUGUUUCCUGCCCGCUCUGGGCCAUCAUUGAUAUCUAUGGAAUCACACAGGAAGUUACAUUGUUGGAGAGCACAUUUGCUGACAGCGUGGGCACAGGCUGUCUGAAUACCGCUCGACUCAGUGCGUAUCUUCCCCAGAGCAACCAUGACUCGGCCAAUUACAGCAACAACCAGCUGGAGACCAACCAGGCCGCCGCCGCCAAGUUCGCCACGCUGCAGCUCAGCAGCUACAACCAGCUCACCCCGUGCUGCUCCACCUCCUCUACGCCCUCAUCAUCCAACAUCAUCACCACCCAAAGACCAGCUCGUGGACCGUCCUCGCCUCUUGACACCGAUCUGCAUUUUCACCCAGUGCGAGGUCCGGACGUUGUCCUCUCCAACGACCGCACGGUCGCCUGUACGCACUUUCUGGACAGCAGUAGGACGUUGAUGUUCAGUGACAGGCCUGUCCGGGUGGGCGAGACACUGUACGUGGAGGUAGGACAUCUCGGCUUGCCGUACUUCGGGGCACUUCUGUUUGGUAUGACCUCGUGCGAUCCGGGCACCCUCAAUGCCGGCGAGCUUCCGGCCGACCCAGAAGUGCUUCUGGACCGGAAGGAGUACUGGGUGGUGUACAGGGGUUUUCCUGUGCCAACGGCAGGUGAUGUGCUCAGCUUUACCUUUCUGGCCAACGGAGAGGUGCAUCACGGGAUUAACGGAGGGGCGCGUGGCCGGCUCCUGUGUGUCGACUCCUCUCAGGUUCUGUGGGCUUUCUUCACUCUGCACGGGGCUGUGAACCGACUCAGGAUAUUGGGAACAAUUCAGUCAAGCCCGUCCACCUGUUCAUCCGCAUCUCAGGGAUCAACAGCUGAUGACAGUGACUCUGAUCUGGCCUUCAGUGUCAACAGAUCCUCAUCCGCAUCUGAAUCUUCUCUAGUGACGGCCCCCAGCUCUCCUCUCAGUCCACCGGUUUCACCAAGCCUCUCUUCAUCAGACACGGCCCUGAGCAACAAAAACAAUGAGUGUACAGUGUGCUUUGAUCAUGAGGUGGAUACCGUCAUCUAUACUUGUGGACACAUGUGUCUAUGUAAUGACUGCGGACUGAGGCUCAAGAGACAGAUUAAUGCUUGUUGUCCCAUCUGCCGGAGACCCAUAAAGGACGUCAUAAAAACAUACAGGCCAUGAAAGGACUGUAUUGUUUUCUAACAUGCAAUUCAGAUUGCAACUCGGUAGCUGGGCUUUCAUAUUUGGACUGAACUUGGAUGUAUGUAGCUUUGAUUUGUGUCCAUACUUCUCUCACCUUAUAUUUAACGCGGAUAAUCUUAAAACCAAAUGUCAAUGAUUGAUUAGGACCGAUUCAAUAUUUUAGUGCCUUUGUCGUGUUCCUAAAGCAGCACUUAUUGAAGUAGACAAUCAUAUUUAAGAUCUUUUGUGUGAAUUAAGAAAUGUGUUUGUAAAGUGUAACCGUAAUAAACAGGGCUACAAAUAGGAUUUUAUAUGUUAUUUUAAAGAAAAAUGUAUGGUUUGAUAUUCUGAUUGCUGUGUAGAUGUAUUUUGACAGCUGGUUUUGAAGACUUGUUGCACUUAUUGGCUAGAGGUUUUUCAGAUCUCAUAUGUAUACGUGGAGGCCUACAUUUAACGUAAAGAACAAAAAUAAAUUUGUUUGUAGUAGGGGUGGGACGAGACACUUAAUUCACGAAGAAAGACAUGAGAUUUUUACACUUUUCCCAAUGAUAAAAUAAAUGAAUGAGAAACUAAAAACACAUUCUUUUGAAAUCUUUAAACGACUGUCCCUAACAAUUAUUUUUUGCAAUUAUAAUGAAGUAAUUUGAUUUUUUUUUUUUGGUAAUAAAAGUAGACCCAAGUGGGCAAUAACAUUUAAAAUGACAUAAUACGAACGAUGCAAUAAUAAUUGGUUCAAAUAAAGUAUUAAAAUAAGUAAACACAUUACAGUAAUAAACAGCAAAAACAAACAAAAGCUUUAAAAGACAAUAUAAUAAUGCAUGCCGCACGAGAUCUCGUCACACCCCUAGUUUGUAUGAUAGAGAGUAAUGUGUUAGAUUUAAGUGCUUUAAUGAAUUUCCCUCAUACUUUGAACAAUAGCUAGUAAAGAUUUUGUCACUAUAAAAAAAUCAAUACAAUACCAAAAUUACAAAUGACUUUAAAGAAACUUUUAUAAUGUCAUCUUUACCUAACCUAGCUUGAAAAUAAGCAAAACCAACAGUUCGAGAGCCUCUUAAUAUGGAGGAUUUGAUUGGGCAAAAGAGUGACCCAGUAUUUGAAUAUUAACUAAACACCUAAUAGGCUCAUGGACAAGAUAUGAAACUCCCUUGGUCUUUAUUUUUUUUAAAUAUGGUAUAUCAACGUGAUAUACUGAACAAUACUUCUGACUACAGCAUUAACUUUCGUUCAUGGCAUUUACAAAUACAUUUUUAAAAUCAAAAGUUGUAACUUUUUGUGUUAAUAAAUGCUGAAAAACUAAACUGCUCAUUGUUAGUUCUGUAAAGUGCUACAAAAGUUGCACACAAAAAUAGUUACUGAUUGGUUGAUACAGUACAUACCCAGCAAGCAUUUUUGCAUUUACAAGAUGGCUAAUAGCUGUCCAAACACAGCACAGAUGUUUAACCAUAAAUAAAUAAAAACAAACACUUUGUGAGAUGUUUGAUAUCUCAUCAUGCAACCAAAGACAACAAACAUGUAACCAAAUUUUAGUUUAUUUUGGCUAGAAUUGGGUUAUUUUUAGCCGGACGAUAUCAGGUCUAUAAUUAACCUAGACUGUGAAUUGACUGCUAUUUUUUUGCUGGGUAGGUAUUUACAUUUUUUUUUUUCAUUAUUUGUAAUACCUUAUGAUGUACAAGUUUUAUUGCCUUCUUAUUGGGGUCUUCUUUCAAAUAGAGCAAGAACAACAUCAGGGUCUUUUGAGUAAAAAUCAUUUUCCUUAUGAUAAGGUGAAAGAUUAGUCAUCGCUUGUCUGCCUUUCUUGAAGUCCUUGUAGCUCAAGUGGCAAAGAAAUGCCACUAGCAACACCAAGAGGAUGAAAUUUCUAGAAAAUUUCACCCUCACCCAGUCACACCGUUCACUUAUCAUGUAAAGAAUUGAGUCACAGGUUAUUUAAACACUAUUCCAUUUAGGGAAUUGUUGAUUUAUCUUAAAGGGAAAUAUGUAUAACUAAUCGUCUAUACAUAUUUGUAGUAUCUGAUCAGCAGGAUCGAUGAUAACAAUCUGCUUAUGCACUCAUUCACCGAAUGCCCAGACAAUAUGACUUUGCAUGUAAACAGAAGGAUUCAUGGACGAAUUAAUUACACUACAGGUGUAAACAUAUAGCAUGUAACUUUCAGUUUAUUUUACAUAAAUUAAACAUUGUCCUUUAUUAAAAAUACUUAAAAUGUAAUCCUCCUGUAACUUGAGUAUAUUAUCGGCUUAGUUGAGUACAGAGUUUCUUAUUUGAGAGUAAUUUGUCGCCCCCUUUUAUGUCUUUGAAGUACUGCUGUGCCCACCUUAGCAGACACUAAAGCCACUUUAAACAGCAAACAUGUUGCAAACAUUUUUAUUUUUUACAAGGGGAAUCUGACCAAUGCAAUGAUGAUCUAACCUUAAAUGGCCAAUUUUACUUGAAAUCACUCUAGGCAUUAAUAAUACUUUACAUUUUUUGCGGUGUAACUAAGCACCAAGCACCUCCGUGUAACCGGGCCUGAACUGACCAAUAAUUUGAAAUUACAAAAAGGAAAUAUGGGAAGUUUGAAGUUAAGCACCUUUACAGUUGUCAUGCUUUGGCCACAUUUUUCACAAAUGUUCUCUUGGCAUAUUAUCAGUCAUCCUGAGAUGUAUUUAAAAAAGGUAUUGAAGUGACUUUUCUCAGACCAUAUUUAAAAAUAUUUUUUGUGCAGUUAUGAAGAUUUUUUAAAUGAUAAAGAAGUUGCGACACUGAUGGUGGGCUUUGUCUUGUUUUGUUUGUCAUGGCCUGUUGUAUUUUUUCAGUACUUUAAUACAGUCUCUGUAUUUGAUUCAGUCUCUGAGUGCAUUAAAUUAAUAAGCAACAUUUAAAGCACCAUUU